AUGCCACCGAUGCGAAGAAGAGGAACACUGAAGCAUAUGUGGAUGACGCAUGGCUAUAUGAGUGUCCAGACGGGUGGUUGCAUUUGCUCACUGUUUAUUCAGUGCGAGGAACGAUCUUGGUUCUGUUGCGAACCAAUUACGGUAUUUUAUGCGAACUAUAAAGGCGAGAUGACUGAAUGUGGAGUGUUGGCAACGCUGCCAAACAAGUGGCAGAUUGGUCCGUUGAGGAGCUUGAGACGACAAUGGACCAGCAGUCGAAGUACAACACAAAGCGGUACAUCUCAAGAGAGUUUGUUGGAAUAUGGAAAUAAUGCAAUGUAUCAUCGACAGCAGACGAUCAAUCUAUGUGCAGCUCCUGCAGGCACGGUUUUAGCUCCAGAGGCACCGUACAAUAUUUAUGCAUCGCCCUCAACAGCAUCUAUAACAACGGUUAGAAUGUCACCACAGGCACCUGUGCGAAUGUCAACACGAAAUUUUCCGUUGACCUUAUUCUUCACGGACAAGUAUGUAUUCAGUAAUCAUUUCGUAUGUCCGCAGUUGAUAAUCGACAACAUGCAAUUCGUAUGCACUGAGCAAUAUUAUAUGUAUUGGAAAGCUAGAAAAUUCGGGGAUUUUGAGGCAGCGUCGCAAAUAUUGGCUACAAGAAAUCCGAAACAAAUGAAAAUGAUUGGUUCUAAGGUGCGAAAGUUCGAUCAGGCAGCGUGGAAUCGUAUUUCGCAUCAAGUAAUGGCCAUAGCGAACCUACGAAAGUAUCAACAGAAUGCCGAGUUGCGUCAACAGCUGUUUUUGACUCUGUCGACACUUUUGGUGGAAUGUAAUCCACGUGAUCAACGUUGGGGUAUAGGCUUGGGUAUGGAUGAACCACAAACCACAGAUCCAUCACGAUGGCGAGGCUUGAAUAUGUUGGGACGUUUACUGACACGUAUUCGCGAUAGACUCGCUGUGCUACCCUGCUAUCGAAAUGAGGUUGCAGCUGCUCAGCAAUAUUUGCACUCAAUUGGACGGGCCUUUUGA